AACAAAUGUCAAGAGAGCAGUACUUCAACAGGUGGGGCAAAAAGUGUUGUUUAGAGCCACGGCAUGUAGCUUCUCAUGUAGCUACCUUGAGACGUUUUGUUUUGUUUUAUGUUGUCAGAUGUUUGGAAAGCCAGAGCAAUUCUGAUCGCUAAGACUGACUGUAUUGGUGAACUUUCUGAAUGCAAAUGUCCUUUACCGUUCAUAAACAUACGCUUUGUGUAGACGGAACUCUACAUUUCCAUUCCUCUGUCAUAUCAUCUGGCACAGCUGGUUUCAGCACCAUAAGAAAAGACGGUGUCACAAGUGUUUAAACUAUGAAGUUUUAAAUUGUUUCGAAAAGGCGCGUUUGCCAUGUCUUGGUAGUUCUAUUGGUGUAAUCUGACCACAAGCGCUUGAAUAGGCAAGACGUUCAUGCCUUUUCCCUAUUAACAAAACUAGCUACAUUUCCCAAUUACAACGAUCCCAGACACCAUAUAUCUUUCGGUGCUGUGUGGGCUAGUAGGCUGUGAGUCUAUUGUUACUAAAUGCAUGACCAUAGAGGCUAGACCCUAGAGGUGUAGUUUAGACGAGCUUACACAUGGGAUAUCUCUGGUAAAUGGUUGACGUUUGGCUCAACUGGUCAGCGUUAUGGAAUAAAUGGAAUGGAUACCAAUAAGAUCCAGAAUGUUAUGGAACAGUUCAACCCUGGUCUGCGAAACCUCAUCAUCCUUGGCAAGAACUACGAGAAAUCAGUCACAGCGAUGACCCAGGCUGGGAAGGUCUACUUUGAUGCUGUUUCAAAGAUUGGGGAGAACGCAGCCAUAUCUCCAGUGUCCAGAGAACUAGGAGUGGUGCUGAUGGAGAUAUCAGAGGCCCACAAGAAGGUUUACCUUGAGCUGGAGGAAAAUUUUAAAAGGUUCCACAAAGACAUCGUUGAAGAACUGGAGAGGAAAACAGAAAUGGAUGUGAAGUAUAUGACGGCCACAUUUAAGCGCUACCAGAUUGAGCACAAGAUAAAGCAGGAGUCUCUGGAUCGCUCGCACUCCGACCUGAAGAAGCUCCGACGGAAAAGCCAGGGCAAGAACGCCUCCAAGUACGAGAACAAGGAGAGUGAGUGCCUGGAGACGCUAACCCAGAGACAGUCGGACAUGCAGAGGUUCAUCGCCGACGGCUGCAGGGAGGCCCUGCUGGAGGAGAAGAGGCGCUUCUGCUUCCUGGUGGACAAGCACUGUAUCUUGUCCGACCAGACCGCUAGCUUCCACGACAAGUCGAAGGAGAUGCUCACUCUGAAGCUGACCAGCUGGCAGGACAAGUGCAGCGACGCCACCAACAUGCCCGACGGCAUCGUGUCCAUGAUCGAGGGCGUGCGCACGCCCGUGGCCAUGACCCCGCAGCCCUCACCCCAGACCCAGCGGCACAGCAGGAACAACUCGGACGCGCCGCCAGCGCCAUCACUGAAGGCCCAAACCAGCCCGCUGGCCAACCUGUUCAGCCAUGACACUGCCAGUCAAGAGAGCUCCACUGACCCCAGCGGCGGGGAGGAGGGCGGCGGGCUGCAGCGGGCCGUGUCCGUGUCCUCGGGCCUCAACCACAUGGCCCGGCGGCCGCGGGUGCGUACCAUCUUCCCCCACACGUCCAGCAACAACAGCACCCUGCUCAGCUUCGACGAGGGCGACAUCAUCACGCUGCUCAUCCCGCAGGAGAGGGAUGGCUGGCUCUACGGAGAGCUGGAGAAGAACAGACAGAGGGGCUGGUUUCCAACCUCCUACUGCCAUGCUUACGUAGAGCCUGUGGCCAAUAACAGUGUGGCCCAUCCACCUGUGCGCAGCAAAAGUGUGGCCAACCUGAUGCAGCCGGAGCAGGAGCAGGAGGAAGAAUACGAAGCGCCGGUGGUUCUCCCCCCGCCAGACUACAGCGACUCCCCCACCAGGACUGUGCCCAGCCCGGCCCAGAAUGCCCACAGCACACCCACCCCCUCUGGAACCACGACGCACAAGAUGAAUGGAAUCUCAAGACCACCUUUCCUCGCAGGUGGAGGAAACCCAUUUGCUACGGUCCGACUCCGACCCACUGUCACCAAUGACAGAUCGGCUCCCGUCGUCUGAGGCAUGGGCGUGGGCAUGGGCAUGGGCAGAGACUGGGUUGGUUGGCACAGCAGACGGACGUCUGAGGGAGAUGAUCUCACGGAUCUCCAGUCUGAAUUCAUCUGUGUUCUUUAGAUGGGUAGAUGGCUGCAUCCAAUCAGUCUGACACUGUGACCUGGGACUGUGUGAAGUAGAUUUAUUUAUGUACCUUUGAAUGAAGUAUACAUGUCUCUUUUAAAUAUCUUUUUAAACAUCAGUUCUGACGUUGCCACUAGCGAUAUAGGCAAUUUAUGCAACAAAGCAAGAUGACAGGAUGCUUAAUACAAGUAUCUAAAAUUGUACAUGUACAAUUCCUGCUGUAUGUAGAUAGACUUUUAGCUGUGUAUCUUGAUACCUUACACUGUAUCUUCUUGAAAUCACUGUUAAGGAUAUCAUGUUGCCAUAGGACAAACACUGAAUGUAUAAUACUAUAUGUGGGGCUGAUAUCGACUGAACAUCCCUCUGAUAGUGUUGCUUGUGUUGUUUUGAUGAUGUGCAUUAUCUGGUGACAAUAAUAGUUUAAAUACCUACUGAUAUCUCUAUUACAUAUGUGGACUCUAGGACGAGAGGCGUGUGAGCACACAGUAGCAGGUCAGUAUCCUUCUAUAUGUGCAGGGAUUGGUCUGUGUAUUGGAAGCAAGGCACUGAUAGGAAGCAAAGGUUGGACUGGGACACCAAGCAGACUCAGUCCAUGGUCAUAACAGAAGAAGUUGAAUGAAGAGACUGCGCAGGCCUGGCUGUCUGAGAAUGACUGCGAAUGCUUUGGGAGACUUUGGGAAACUCAUACCUUUCACCCAGGAUAGUUUAGGGGAUAGAUUCAACUUCUCUCAUGAAUGCACAAGCAUUUUUCUUCUAAAACAGUAGCAGACAGUUACAAUAGAGCCUUUCCAUGCUCUGUGAAUGUGUCCCUAAGCAUGGACUUACCGGUAAUCACAAUCUGGCAUCAUUUAAGUGUUUCUUUAUUUUCAUCAGCACUUGUGGUUUCAGUGCCAUGGCCCAUCUCCUGUCUGCUAUGUACUGUCUGCUUCCAUACAGAUUCCACUAUUAUUCCACUAUUCCAUUAUUAGGUGUUUUUGCCCACUGUGGAAGAAUAGAUUUGGUCCUCACAGUGUAAGAGAACACCUUUGCCUUAACCUCUACUUCACCCCUUUACUUCCAUCAGACACACGGAAAGACAUCUUGUGGAGGUGCAAGGUUAAUACUGUGUUUUUCCCUUCAUUACAUUGACGGCCAUUUCAACUUGGCACUUCAGGGAAGCCAUUCAGAGGCCUAGUGCAAAGCUUUUUUAUUUCCUCUGGCUGCUGUUGAUGAUGUGACUUUAGGUUACAUACUUGCUCUAUGAAGAUACAAAUAAAUGUUUUAUUUCUGCA